UCCUUCUCUCUCUCUUUUCUUCUUUUUGUAUAAAUCACACAUUUCUUCCUCUUCAUCUUCCUUUCCUUCUCACCUCUAACCCUUAACCUACUUUUCUAUUUUAUAUUUCCGGCUAUGCUUCUGUGUUUUUGUGAAUAGUAUUAUUGAGUUUCAGAGUCUUCGGCCUCUGGCAGGAGCUGUACAGUGAAGCUAAUUAAAGGUCUCGUUGAUUGCCGAAAUCAGGGAAGAAUAUGAACCAUUGCGUGAUCCAGCAGCAAAAAGUCGUCGCAUCCCGUGAAGAAAUGAGCAGCAGACACCCUGUGGUUUGUCCCAAACCGCGCCGCCUCGGCCUCCUAAACGUCGCGGUGAACGACCACCCUGCUAGGCUGUUCCGGUGGCAUCUCAGUUGCCAGGCAGAUAUAGCUGAUUCAAAAUCUGUGAGUGAUCCUUUGGACCUCAUCCUAACCAAGGGUGGUGGUAUGGAACAAUCGUGUACACAGGUAGCUUCGUCGCCCCCCUUUUUUUGCGGGUCACCACCAAGCAGAGUAGCUAACCCAUUAAUUCAAGAUGCUCGAUUUGGGGAUGAGAAGAUUUCCCCGCUCUCACCAUCAUCCAGGGUUCCUACCCCAUCUGGGCUCUCAUCGCCUCCCUCAUCUUCCACAAGGAAAGGAGGCCGUGUUCGCUCCAACUUCGGAAACAAUCCUGCUGUGAGAAUCGAGGGAUUCGAUUGCCUUGACAGGGACAGGCGCAAUUGCAGCAUCCCUGCUCUGGCCUAGAAUAGAAUCCACAUCUUGAGAGAGAGAUCAAAUUAGAACAAGAAGAAAAGCUUUUAGUAGUAGUCACCGCCAGUAACGACACAGAA